AGUUUUGUUGUAGCCUGUUGCCUAGUUACAGCUGGAAUUCUCUACCUUACCUAUCCAUCAGAACCACCUGGGGAGUCCUUUUUAAACUAGAGACUCUGCUUAACCUCCAAGGUGAAGCUGGAAUAACAGCCAUUUCUACUGGCACUCUGAGAGACUGAUUUGAUCUGACUCUAUCAGGAAAGAGAGGAGUUAGGACUAUGGGGCUCUUGCCACUUAUAGACUCGUAUAGACUCCAGAACUCACCCACUGGCUUGAAUACAAACGCUUCUUGGAGAUUUAAAUGUAAGUAAAGCCAAUCUUCAUUUUCUAUAAGAAAGUUGUUCUCUUACCCUUUAUUAAGCAGCAUCAUCUGCAUUUAAAGUAUUUCUUGAAAUGUUAACCAAGAACUCAACAAGUGAACUGAUUACCUUUAUAAACUGGAGCCAGUUAAGUACGGAGAUGAUAAAGACCGUUGCAAAGUUUGCGAAGUCACUUUUAAUAGCACUCAACUGCAAAAUACUAGUCAAUGUCUGUGUUCAUGAGACUGUGUUUGAGUUUGGCAAACCCAGUGGCCACCUACACUUUCUGUCCUUAUUGCAAACUUAAGGGCCAGAAAGAUGGACUCAGCAAGGAAAGGUGCCGGCCAUCAAGUCUAAGGACCCUAGCUUGAUUCCUAGGACUCACACAAUGGAAGGAGAGCUGACACCAAGUUGUCUGCUAACUCCUGCAUCAGUGAGUGUGCUCAGGCAUGAAAACGCACACACAAACAUGCAAAUGUUUUUUUAAAGCCCUUCGCUCCAUUGUUUAUACAGCAUUUCUGCAUGAACAAGUACGUGCUGCUUCCCAGCUCACAGCCACCUGUGGGCUAUGAGUCAUUCCUCCUGCCAAUUCUACACGACGGGUUUGGCCUGGCUCUACCUAAAAGACAAGAGGUAAGCCUCAUGGGCCUCUUGCCGCAUAGGGCUCGCACACACUGGAGGCAUACUGACAACAGUACUAAGAAACAGAUUCUUCACAGAAUCCACGGUUGGCCUCUGCCACCAUGAGGGAAUAUCUGUAAGGGGAAAUGACAAAUCUUUGUCCUAGAGCGGCCUCUCAUAUUCCAGUAUAUACUCGACUAGCUUGGGGAGCAACGCAGUGAACAUCAUCUACAUAGAUGUUUGUCUGCAAGUAGAUGAGCAGCGAGGGCAAAAGUGGACAUCUUUGAGGCAGCACGAGUUUCCAUAAAAUGGGUAAGAGAAACAGAGUGAGGAUCUUGGUCAUGGGCUAAAUCCAUAGAGCUUCAUCUAGUAUAGGUGAAGGUGGUGAGGACCUGGAAAAGCUUCACUUCAGGUGUUGGGUAGGCUAACAAUGUUACCAAGAGGAUAGGGCCAAUUAAUGCUUUAAGGACUAUAUUCCUGGCUGCUGCUUAGAAGAGCACACAUUAAUAGUCUUUAGCGCUUCAAAUUUACUUUUAUUAAACUUUUUGUACAUGUGUGUGUGCCUAAACAUGAGUACAGGUACCCAAGAUGGUCAAAGGCAUCAGAGCUCUUUGGAGCUGGAGUUGUGAGCCGAGAGCUGGGGUCCAAACUCGGGUCCUCUGGAAAAGCAGCAAGCACUGUGAACUACUGAGCCCAGCCAUCUCCCUAGCUCCAGGUGUUUUGUUUGUGGGGCCUUAAGAAGAAUUUUGUUGUUAUCUCAGAAAUUUGGAGCAGCUAUAGUAUUUUUGAUUUGUUUUUUAAGACAGCGUUUCUUUGAGGCCCUGGUUGUCCAGGAUCACAGGAAUCUGCCUGCCUCUGCCUCCCCUGUGCACCACUGCCUGGUGCUUAGUAUUGGGAUAAACAAAACAAAAGAACUGGGAAGCUGGGCAGUGGUGGUGCACUAAUCCCAGCACUCAGGAGGCAGAAACAGGAGGAUCUCUGUGAGUUCAAUGCCAGCCUGGGCUACACAGAGAAACCUUGUCAGGAAAGAAGGAGAGGGGAGAGGGAGGGGGAAGUGGAAGAGGGAAAAGGAAGGAGAGAGGGGGAAGAGGGGGAGGGGGAGGCGGAGGGGGAGAGGGAGAGGGAAAGUAGGUUUUAUCUUAGGGCAUUAAGGAAUUAUCCUGUCUUUGAAAAACACAUUCUCACAGAGCCACACAUUGUGCCUUGGUCAUUUAUUCUUUAAUUUUAAAGUGAUCCUUUUGGGGUGGGGGCAAGCUUCUUAGAACUGAACAGGUUGGGUUUUUUUUUUUUGUUGUUGUUGUUUUGUUUUGUCUUGAGACAGUCUUACUGCGAAGCUCUGGCUGGCUUCAAACUUACUAUCCCCCUGCCUCAUCCUCACAAGUAGUUGGAAUUACAGAUGUGGGCCACAUGGAAGAGGUGUUUCUGCGUCAUCACUAAUCCAUAUACUCCUCACCAUACACUGCAGGUUUGUUAAGUAACAACGUCUCAAAACUGGGAGCAUUUUUUUUUUCAGAUGAAGAAAACCAAAUUUAGUUACAGUAAAGUAACUUGCUUUAAGUUACUGGGUAAAGAGUCAGGAUUAGCAGAGUACCCAGGCAAUCUGUAUCCUGACAUGGCUUAAAACUAUUAUGUUCUACUUACUCUCCUAUGUACGGAGGUAAACAUUUAACAUUUAAUAACUCCUCCUUUUCUUUCUUCUUUGCAGAGCCUAACUGUAUGUAUGUGUAUGUAGACAGACAGACAUGUACACCAAGCUAGUCUCGAAUUCACAGAGAUGCCUCUGCCUCCUGAGCACUGGUAGGCAUGCACUACCACACCCAGCUUUUGUUUUUAAAAACAAACAAAAAACAACAAACCCCACAUAUAUCCUAAUAUUUUUCUCUAACACAAGUUUCUUCUCCCUUUUCAAGAAAACAAACUGCCGUCUUAUUUUGGAGAGUCACUCUGGAUUCACGCUGGAAACAUGUAGACUUUUUAAGAGGCAAUACCUUGUGUCCGACUGGACCCCACAGUUCCUUAUUAAGUAUUACAAAGUAUCACCUAAGCCAAGGAAAACAAGUGAAUGCAUGGAGCUAUGAAACCUUUGCGAACACGACAUACACACGCUGGAAACCACGCAGAAAGCCAUGUUUUUAAAAGGCAAAUGGCACCUUUUAGAUACUCGUUACUGGACCGGAAAGAUGACAUCUAUCAUCAAGUUAACUACCCUCUCUGGGGUCCAAGAGGAGUCUGCUCUUUGCUAUCUUCUCCAGGUUGAUGAGUUUAGAUUUUUGUUGGACUGUGGCUGGGAUGAACACUUCUCUGUGGACAUUAUUGAUUCCCUGAGGAAGCAUGUUCACCAGAUCGAUGCAGUGCUCCUGUCUCACCCCGACCCACUCCACCUCGGUGCCCUCCCGUUCGCUGUGGGGAAGCUGGGUCUGAACUGUGCCAUCUAUGCAACAAUUCCUGUUUAUAAAAUGGGCCAGAUGUUCAUGUACGAUCUUUAUCAGUCUCGACACAAUACAGAAGAUUUUACCCUCUUUACAUUGGACGAUGUGGAUGCAGCCUUUGAUAAAAUACAGCAGCUAAAAUUCUCUCAGAUCGUGAACCUGAAAGGCAAAGGACACGGUUUGUCGAUCACACCCCUGCCAGCUGGUCAUAUGAUAGGAGGAACAAUAUGGAAAAUAGUCAAAGACGGAGAAGAAGAGAUUGUUUAUGCCGUGGACUUCAACCACAAGAGGGAGAUUCACCUAAAUGGAUGUUCCCUGGAAAUGCUAAGCAGACCCUCUCUGCUUAUCACAGAUUCAUUUAAUGCUACUUAUGUGCAGCCUAGAAGGAAACAGAGAGACGAGCAGCUCCUGACAAACGUCCUGGAAACUCUUCGGGGCGAUGGGAAUGUGCUCAUAGCCGUGGACACAGCAGGCAGAGUUCUGGAGCUUGCUCAACUUCUUGAUCAGAUUUGGAGAACUAAAGACGCGGGGUUGGGCGUUUAUUCGCUGGCUCUCCUGAACAACGUCAGUUACAACGUGGUGGAGUUCUCUAAGUCACAGGUAGAAUGGAUGAGUGAUAAAUUGAUGAGAUGUUUUGAAGACAAGAGAAAUAACCCAUUUCAGUUUCGCCAUCUCUCUCUGUGCCACGGUCUUUCUGACUUGGCUCGGGUUCCAAGCCCCAAAGUUGUACUUGCCAGUCAGCCUGACCUGGAGUGUGGAUUCUCAAGGGACCUCUUUAUUCAGUGGUGUCAGGACCCUAAAAACUCAAUCAUCCUAACUUACAGGACAACUCCGGGAACCUUAGCACGUUUCUUAAUUGAUAAUCCUUCUGAGAAAGUUACAGAAAUAGAGCUGAGGAAACGCGUGAAGCUUGAAGGGAAAGAACUUGAGGAAUAUGUGGAAAAAGAGAAACUAAAGAAAGAAGCUGCUAAGAAACUGGAGCAGUCGAAAGAGGCAGACAUCGACUCCAGUGACGAGAGUGACGUGGAGGAAGACGUCGACCAGCCAACAGCUCACAAAACGAAGCACGACCUGAUGAUGAAGGGGGAAGGCAGCCGAAAAGGGAGCUUCUUCAAACAGGCCAAAAAGUCCUACCCCAUGUUUCCUGCCCCAGAAGAAAGGAUUAAAUGGGACGAGUAUGGAGAGAUCAUCAAACCAGAAGAUUUCUUAGUGCCAGAACUUCAGGCUACUGAAGAAGAGAAAAGCAAAUUAGAAUCCGGCUUGACAAAUGGAGAGGAACCCAUGGAUCAGGACCUGUCUGAUGUUCCCACCAAGUGUGUUUCUGCAACAGAGUCUAUUGAGAUAAAAGCCAGAGUUACUUACAUAGACUACGAAGGACGCUCCGAUGGAGACUCCAUUAAAAAGAUCAUCAAUCAGAUGAAACCACGGCAGCUGAUCAUUGUCCACGGCCCACCAGAGGCCAGUCAGGAUCUGGCUGAGUGCUGCCGCGCAUUUGGUGGGAAAGAUAUCAAAGUGUACAUGCCAAAGCUGCACGAGACAGUCGAUGCCACCAGCGAGACACAUAUCUACCAGGUAAGAUUAAAGGACUCACUUGUCAGCUCGCUUCAGUUCUGUAAAGCGAAAGAUGCUGAGUUAGCAUGGAUAGACGGCGUCUUAGACAUGAGAGUCUCCAAAGUGGACACGGGAGUUAUUUUAGAAGAAGGAGAACUCAAGGAUGAUGGAGAAGACUCUGAAAUGCAAGUGGAUGCUCCUUCAGAUUCCAGUGUCAUAGCCCAGCAGAAGGCCAUGAAAAGUCUGUUUGGAGAUGAUGAGAAAGAGCUGGGUGAGGAGAGUGAGGUCAUCCCCACACUGGAGCCUUUGCCACCUCAUGAGGUUCCCGGACACCAGUCAGUUUUUAUGAAUGAACCGAGACUGUCUGACUUCAAGCAAGUUCUUUUGCGGGAAGGGAUUCAAGCGGAAUUUGUAGGGGGCGUACUUGUCUGCAACAAUCAAGUAGCAGUCCGCAGAACAGAAACUGGACGCAUCGGGCUAGAAGGCUGCCUUUGUCAAGACUUUUAUAGGAUACGAGACCUUUUAUAUGAACAGUAUGCCAUUGUGUAAAGGACGUCAUGUCAAGAUGUGUCUGCUUGACCUUUCUCAGGAAGAAAGGAUUCUCAUCUGAGGCUAAACUUUUGCUGUCUUGUUUUGUAACAUACAAAAAGAAUGUGCCAGAAAACGUGAGCAUGUGUUAGAUUUUGAAAAAUAUGAAUCAAGGGCCUGGGGUGUAGCUCAGUGGUAGAGCUCUUGUCUAGCAUGUGCAAGGCCCUAGGUUUGAUUCUCUGUACUGAAUAAAGAAAGAAAGAAAAUGUAAAUAGAACCCAUUUUGUAAAUGCUCUUGCCUAGCUCUGAAUGCUAGAGGCCCAAGGAAGAGACAGGCCCAGGGCUGGAGGGGAUUGGUUUCCUCUGCAGAUCCUUGUUCCAAGGGCUCAUUACUUGAAGAAGAAGAAAAAGGAGAAACAGACAGACAAACAAAAGGAACAGUGCAACUUAGCAAACCAGUUCAUGGCCUUACAGAAACUGGUGUGCAUGCAUUUGUUCAAGCAGUUUUUUGUGUUUUCUGGAAUGAGAAGGGAGAAAUUGUAUAGAGAGAAUAUGCUAUGAAAGAUAACAGAAGCUUUGUGAAACAUUUUUAUUGAGAAUGGGUGUGGCGGUGCUGCUCCUCUUGACCUCUGAUAUGCAACCGCUCCACACGGAGCCCCCGCCCUCUACUUUCAGUGCGGUGUGAGGCAGUACACAGCUAGUUUAGAAACAAAUUUUUAUUUCUCCCAUUCCUUGUUUAUUAAGAUUUUGUUGUUAUUCCAUUUGAAUUUAUGACCUCAUCAUUUGAAUAAAUGUUAUCUAAAAGAAAGCCUCUAAGCUGAGUGUGGUACGUGCACUUCUAAUCCCGGAACUCAGGAGGCUGGCAUAGGAGGAUUGGAAAUUAGAGGCCAGCCUGAGCCGCAUGGUGCGAGCCUGUCUCAGCCAGCAAAAGGAAAGCCUGGUGUGUUACCAGUUCUGCAUAUAUUUCAUUUAGACUCAUCUUAACUAUUGGUCCAGUAACUGUAUUUGAAACCAUCCAAUGCUCUGUUGUUUUUUGUUUUGUUUUUUUUUUUUAAAAAGCAAAUGUGGAGCCUCACAUUUUUAUAAGGUAACAGUGUGAUUUAAUUAAAGGGUGUAAAUGUUUUCCUUUCCCAGCGUGUUUUCUAAGUUUAUGUAAACAGCGGUUGGAUUUUAUGCUUGUUACUACAAAAACAGUACUGAACCCGGGUAACUGCCACUCUUGAUACAGCACAAACUCUGUUCGAGAGUAAAAACUGAAAAUAUGUAAUUCUGUUGACUUGAGCUGUGAACCAUGUUGUCCUAUUGUAUCUUGUUGGUUUAAUUUUUUAGAAGGUAGCUUAAGCAAGGCUGUCCUUGAUGCCUUCUUAAGCAUGGAAGCCCCUUUCUCUGCACUUAGCAUCCGGAGAAGCCUCACUCUUGCUUAACUUUGGAACUGUAUAUUUCAGCCCAGUGAUCCGCUAUCGGUCUAGAAUUAGUCUUUUAUGCGGUUUCAUGAGCUGAGAGAACCUUCAGCUGUGGAUUGCAGCACUGAAGCAAAGUUUGUAGCCUUUGGAUCCUGAAAACCAGAUGUACAAAAUAGCAUUGCAGAGAUGAGUGUAAAAGAACGUAUUUUCCUUUUAGCAGUCAUGAACCAUUCCACUUGCUCCUCUUGCUAUAUAGAGGAAGCCUAGAAUUCAAUUUCUAUUCCAGGGGAAGAAACCCUGCAGUUACAUGCUAUAAAGCUCUGGAUAUACCUAUUAUGUGGUAAUACCUAUAUCUAAAAUUAUUUCUUGCCUAACCUUCCUGCCGACCUACGAGCAGGAAUUAGAUGUUAAAGUACCCCUUGAAGAAUGGCUGUCAUACAGCAAUGCCACCGGAGAGCAGCACUGCUGCCUGUGUCUAGAUGACAUCAUCCUAAACCCCCUGAAAGGGAGGCCUUCAUUAUUGCCCCAGCUACUUGAGAAAAACAUGACUUUCAAAGACAACAGUGGGAUAAGUCACGAGAGCAGAGAGGGUCUCAGAUGCAAGAAUAAAAAAAAACCACACAGCAUGUGAGACAUGAGCUGAUAUCUGCAGAUAGUUUUCUUAAAAAGAAAUUGUAUCUGGUCGCAGUGACACAUAACCUGGAAUUUCACCUACUUCAUUCAAACUUGGCUUAAGGCCAGUCUGGACCACAUACGACCCUGCCCAAAAGAGGGAGAAAGGCGUUGGGGCUAUAGCUCAGUGGAAGAGUCCUUCCUACUGGCACGUGUGAGGCCCUGGAUUUGACCCAGGUCUGGAGGCCGAGGGCCUGCUUUUACUGAACUUGUUGCAGUGUGGUUAUACUUGUCAGGCGUCUUUGCACUUAUUUCUAUAUUUUUGUGACUCAGUAGGUGACCUGAGACAAUAGAGAAGAAAUUAGUUUGUUCACCUUUUUUGUGUGUCUGUGUGCAGUUUACAUACCAUAAAAUAUUUACUCUUUUUAAAUAUGCAAGUCACUGGUUUUGGUCAAAUCUACAACCAUUUCUAUGUAAUUCCAAUUUGUUUUUUCUCAUUCCUAAAAGAAACCCAGUAACUGUUUGUACCCCCAUUUUCUCUUCUCUCUAGUUAAUCGUCAGUCUUUCUGUCUCUCCUGGACAUUUCAUAAAGAAUCAUGUAACACGUGGCCUUGUGUGUCCUCUUUCAUUUCAAUGAACGGUUGUUUUCAGGAUUCGUUAAUGUAGUAAUGUGUUAGCAUAAUUUUUGUCUGCUUUGGGAUGUGGUCUUGCCUUGUAUAGCUCAAGCUGGUUCAGACUCAUAAUCCUCCUGCCUCCGGUGUGCUGGGAUCAUGGCUGUACACUUCAGUGUCCAUUUUAUAGUCCUUUGACACUCCUUUGGAUGUCACGACUGUUCUUCAGCCAAUGUACAUUGAGUGGUUCCCAGUGGUCUUGGCUGCUAUAAAGAAUGUUGCUUUGAACAUUCUCGUACAAGACUUUUUUAAAAAGAAAAAGAAUAAAUAAACAUUUGUGUAUUUUCUUGUGUGUAUGCUCAAGAACAGGAUUGUUGGUCCAUGUGGUAACUUCGCUUAACCACCUAAGGAAUUGUGUAUUGUGAAGCAGCUACACUGUUUCCGUGUUCCGACCAGCAUAUGUGUAAGGAUUCCAUUUGUUGCUGCACGGGUUGUUGAUUCUGUCUUCUGUUCUCACCACACUCAGCCAAUGAGGAGGCACUGCCUGGAGGCUCUGACUACAUUUCCCUAAUAAAUAAAAGAUGCUGAGCAUAA